AUGAUGGUCCCACGGGCGUUCAUGUUCACUUCCGCUCCGCCCAAAAAGGCACUUGGUGCUUUGGAUAUCAGAGAGCAUGCGUUGCUAUUGGGCUUGAACGAGCCAGACUCGGAGUUGAUCAAACGCCUGGAGUGUCAGAAUACAGAGCCACCCACGGUGACAACGCCGAUGGUGAUCCCACCCAAGCGAGGGUUGCGCACCCCGGUUCAUCGAGACCCCCGCUCGCGGACCACGUCCAAAGCGGCGACCUCAUCCCGCCGGUCUUCAUCCUCAUCGUCGGCGAAUGACCGACCAUUGCCGCGGUCUGUGGCAUCCAUGUUGGACGCAACAGCAAUUCCUGUGCCACGCCGGUCGUGGUCCACUCGGCGGCCCAAGAAACUUCCGCGAAGAAACCAUGUGGAGGAGUUCAGCCGUAUGAUGCAGGAGGGGAUCAGAUCUAGAGAAGAUGAUCUUAUGAGUGGUGCGGGCAACUCCCCGUUGGAUAUUCUGCUGAGUCCGCCUGAUGAUGAAUGCGAAAAGUUCGCUCUCUGCGCUGAUUCGGAGACGGAGUCCCCCUUUUCCGUGCGAUCUACAUCAAGUGAUUCCACGCCCUCGCUGGUGCCUGACCUGGGCUCUCCCCUCAGUUCUCCUCAACCGCCCACUCCGGGUAGUCAAAGAAGCACGCCCGAGAGGCGCACGUUGCGAUAUUCUCCUGGCGAGGACUGUGCGCUCGAUCACCCCCUUCUUGAAACCCCCUGGGAGGAAUGCGAGGCGCUCGUCUUGGAAAGCCACCUUGAGUCACCGGUCCCGGAGACCGUUACUCCAUCCAAACCAAGUUCCUCUGGUCGAGCGUUCCCAAGCUUGAAGUCAUCCUUCAAAUCCAACCUGACGGCUUCCCUACGGGCCAUCAAAUCUGCCGCUCAGUCGGUGUCGACUUUUGCGACGCCAUCUGUACAGCCAGAGGAUUUUUUGACGCGAUCGCUCUUUACGAUUACUCCCGAAAUGACUGAUGACCGCCGUCCUCCACCCAUGCAACAGCCGCCGUCUCCGGCUCUACGUCGCUAUCUUAAUCCAACCCCGAUCUCCCCGGCCGAGAUGUGCGUGUACCACGACCAGCCUCACGAUUCCGCCGCUCCCAGUAGCAAUUGCGCCGUCUCCAUUCAGAUGCAGACCUACCGUCGCUCUCGCGGACGGGGCAAUCGACGCAACAACUUCCAUGUGGUCGCGCCCAAACAUCGGGACCAAUACCAUGUAUAUGAUCCUGAGGUGCCGCCCAUGUCGCGACAACGCGAACCCCGCGAAAAUUGCGAUUUCCUGCGCAUGGUGGUACUUGAGAUGAACAUGCGUCGAAGUGGCAAAUUGCGAGAGGAUAUUCCCCCGCGGGCGCGCAUCAUGCUUCCCCCCCGCAAGAGCAACUCCCACCGGGUAUCUGGCGAUUAUGAAGAUAGUGACGACAACAACACUGUCCCUAGCCGAUGGGUGGGUAUAUCGGCAUAA